GUGGAGUGGAACAUAAGCAUGUUAGCCGCCUUCCGUCGGUGCAGCUUCGGGCGAGGCUUCGCUUCGUCGGCGAUUCCUCUGCAUCUACAGCAGGUGGUGGUCAAGAUGGCCGUGGAUGCCUUCGACGACAAGGUCUCCAAGUACACGACCUUGCCCGCGCAGUUCAAAGUCCCUCCGUCGCCCGACUUGCCGCUGUCGAUGCACGGGUCAUGGGUCAACAUUUCUACGUUCCGGGAAGCGUAUCGCAAACAAAAGCUGGCGCCAGAAGUCGUGGAAGCGCUGAACAAAGUCGGGUUCAUUUGGGACGUGCGGCAGCACAAGUGGGAGAUGACAGUGCAAGGGUUGCGAACGUACUCGAAUCUGCACAACCACGUGAUCAUCCCACGGACGUUCGUGGUACCACACGGCGACGAACGCUGGCCCAAAGAGAGCUGGAACUGGAAACUCGGCCGUGUGGUGGACAAUCUGCGGCAGGACAAGGACAAGUUGGCCCAGGAUCGCAUUGCCACGCUCGACAGCCUCGGGUUUGUGUGGAGUGUUCACGCGCAAGAGUGGCAGCACAGCAUCGACCUGCUGGCGACGUACACAGCUAUUUACGGCCACGCCAAUGUCCCGUACUCGUACGUGGUUCCAUGCACGGACGAGUGGCCAGCAUCUGGCCAUGGUAUGCGCCUCGGGGUGUGGGUGCAGAACAUUCGGAAUCGGGCGGCGUCCUACUCCAAGGCUCGAGUGGCCGCGCUGAAUGAGCUUGGGUUUGUGUGGGGGGUGCACGACGAAAACUGGCAAGUGAACAUCCACGCCUUGCGCACGUACAAAAUGUUACAUGGACACGUGAACGUGCCCAAGCGGUUCGUCACGACGGACGAAUGGCCUCAAAUGCUCCGCGGGCUGCACCUAGGUGCAUUUGUGCACAACUCGCGAUCGCGGAUGGCGGCACUCGAUCCACGCCACGACGAGUUGAUGGCACUGGGCGUCGAUUUCAAAAAUCGACACGACUAGGAUAUUUUUACUACUGAGCCGUGUUUGAGACCAAUUGAAGGAUAUGGCGAUAGGAUCGGACACUAUUUGCUUUUUUCAGACAGAAACGUGAUCACACAGAAACACUACUUUUUACCACUCUCAGUCUGAACAAAG